UUUGCUUGCAGCCAUGUUGUUUGCAACUGGAGUCCAGAUGGACCAGGCGUUUUUCCUAUGGGGCCCGAGUAUGACAACAUAGUGCCAGUAAAACAACAAGCAGAUGAGGUUCCUCCACCGCUGCCCCCUCGUCGACUGAGGAAACCUCGGCCUACUUCUCUUCCUCUUUACAACAAUUCCUCCUUCGAGCCUCCGUCUGCUCCGAUCUCCCUCCCUCCUCCUGUUCCUCCCAGACUUGACAAGCUGGAAGGAUUAACCAGGUUGAAGGCCAACGUCAACGUUGUCUCACUCAAUGUUGGAAAACUGGUUGACAUCAGUCAAGACUCAGGCAUGGAGACUUUUCAAAGGCCAGUGAUUUGUGGGAAAUGUAGUGCUGCUUUGUCAUGUCUCAGUUCGUUACAGAAGAACGUUUGGCGAUGUGAGUUCUGUGGAUAUGAAAACAGCGUAGACGAAAGUUUAGCUGCUUUGUGCAUUGGCCAGCGAGCCGGUGUGCGCAGUGAUGACCUUUACCUGCCCAGACAGAGUGAAGACGACUAUCAGAACUUGGAGGACACGCUAGUUGUUUUCUGCGUGGACACUUCUGGCAGCAUGAGCGUUACUACAGAGGUUCCAUCAAGCAAUGGCUCUGUAACAUACGUAUCCAGACUAGAGGGUAUGCAGGACGCCCUCUACAGGGCACUAUUCACCAUAAAGCAACGGUCCCCUCAUCGGAGGGUGGCUCUGGUGACAUUUAACGAUGAGGUUGUAAUAUAUGGUGAUGGUACUAGUGCUCCUAUCACACUCAGGGAUUGGGCGCUAGUUGACUACGACCAUAUAUGGGAAAAGGGUGUGACUUACCACAUCCCACACUGUAUCGCUGAGACCUACAACCACCUAAUACAGAGGGUCAAAGAACUCAGGGAACAUGGAGCCACGUGUCUCGGUCCCGCAGCAUUAGCCUCCGUUGCUAUGGCUUCAAGGUACCCCGGGUCAAAAGUCAUUUUAUGUACUGAUGGCAAAGCAAACAUCGGACUGGGAGAGAUGGAGCAAGCUCCCUCUCUGACUCCUUCUGCCUUUACUCCAUAUUUCUAUACUCAGCUGGCUCUAGAUGCGGUACAGAAGGGAGUCAUAAUAUCAGUAAUGACUUUUGAAGGGACAGACUGUCGCCUGGCUGAUAUUGGUAAACUGGCAGAUGCUACGGGAGGAAGAGUAAAUAUUGUCAGCAUUGGCACGGUAGCAAGAGAGAUUCAAUCGGUCUCCGAAGAUAAUGUCCUAGCUACAGGAGUCAAAGCAACCCUGCUCGCUUCUGAUGGAGUGUAUUUUCCAUAUGAGGAUGAAAACAAUCACAAACUGGUAAGAGAGAUUGGGAAUGUCACCAAAGGUCUGGAGAUCACCUUCCAGUUUGCUGUAAAACCUGAUUUUAUGGAAGUUUUUCUCCAGAAAGGAACGCUUCCAUUCCAACUGCAGCUCAGCUUCAAGACCAGAGACCAACACAGAAUCACUCGCAUCAUCACUGAACAGCGACCAGCAACUACCUGCAGUCGGAUUUUUGCAGGUAGACUUAACAUGGCAGUGCUCGAUGUUCACUGCGCACAGCUUUGUGCCAGUUUAACCAUGGAGGGUAAAGUGCAGGAGGCACAAAGGCAGCUGAAAGCACAGCAAGACCUGCUACAACAAGUCAGCAAGUGGAGGCCAAUCCAAAAGGAAGAGAGUAUAUAUGGUAACUGGAUGGAAACCAUGACGACAAUUUGUGAGGACAUUACCACGGAAUCCCAGCUGACUCUUUCUGAUGAAGCAGCUAAGGUGGUGUACCAGAUGAAGAGAGCCAGCAGUGUCAGAAACAACAACAACAGCAGCAACACAGUUAAUGUCCAAAAGAAGACCACAAAGAAGAAAAAGGCUGUCAUGGAGGCUGUGUAAAUUAAAAGACAAAACAAAACUGUUUAUUAAGCGAUUCUACAGCAGUGAGAGAACCAUAGUUUCUUUUUAUUUAAGAAGCCCAGAGUAUAGACAGGCAAAUGUGGACAUCAUUCAAAGAGCCGUAUAUGACUAAAAAUCUUCUGUGUCUGAGAUGCUAUUGUACAAUAGAUUCAAUAAGAGCUCCUACCCCUUUGCUUUUUCGACGCCUAAUUAUU